UUUUUUUUUAUAUAUCGCUUAUUUCUUUUUAUUUUAUAUACUUUUCCCUUUUUCCAUUUCUUAUACUAUUUUAUAUAACAAAUGGAUUCUCGUAAUAGUGGUUUAAAGCCCAUUGUUAUCUUUGGUGCGAUGAUUGCCUCAUUAGGUGCAUUAAACUCUGGUUUUAAUACUUCAUCCUUAAAUAUCCCAGGAAAUAAUGUUCGUUAUUGUCCUAAUGUUCCCAAGGGUGAAGUCACUUACUUCCCUAAUUCACCUUUUCCUCAAUGUAUUCCUAUGUCUGAUUGGAUUUGGGGUGUUGCUACUGGUAUGUUUGCUGUUGGUGGUCUUUUAGGUGCUUUACUUGCUGGUCCUAUGGCUGAAAAGUUAGGUCGUCGUGAUUCAAUGUGGACCAUCAAUAUCUCUUUCUUUAUCGGUGCUAUUCUUUUAUCCUUGUCAACAAGUAGUGCUCAAUUUGCUAUUGGACGUAUCUUUGUUGGUAUUGGUUCUGGUUUUAUGACUGUGGUGAUUAGUAUGUAUAUUGCUGAAACAUCUCCUCCAAGAUGGCGUGGUACUCUUGGUUCCUUAUUACAAUUAUUCAUGACCAUUGGUAUCUUUGUUAUUCAAUUAAUUGGUCUUGGUACUUCUUCUGCUAUUGGAUGGCGUAUUGUUGUCAUGUUAACUAUUGUUCCUACUAUCAUUCAAAUGAUUUGUUUACCCUUAUGUCCUCGUUCUCCUCGUUGGUUGAUUUCCCAUGGUCGUAUUGAUGAAGCUCGUGAAUCCUUACUCAAGUUACGUAAUGGUGAUAUUGAAGAAGAAUUUGCUGAUAUGGUGAUUGCUUUAUCUAAGGGUGGUAACAAGGAUGAUAAACCUGCUCCUAAUGCAAAUGGUGACUCUGAUUCUGCUGCUGGUUUCCAACAAAAUGCUCCUGCUGCUGAACCUGAAAUGGAAGUUUCUCUCAACUUCUUCCAAAUCAUGCGUAUUCCCGUUUUGGCCAUUUUAUCUAUCAAGGUGAUGAUUAUUCAUGCUGUUUCUCAAUUGACCGGUAUCAAUGCUAUCAUGUACUACUCUACCAGUAUUUUCGAAAACUCCUUUGCUGAUAAUGCUCGUUAUGCUACUGUCGGUGUGGGUGCUUUGAACAUGUUGAUGACCUUUGUUGCCUUGGCUUUGGUGGAUCGUUUGGGUCGUAAGAUGUUGUUGACUCUUUCUGCUGGUGGUAUGUGUAUCUUUGGUGUACUCGAAAUGAUUGGUCUCUUGUUCAAUGUUGGUCCUCUUCAAGUCGUUUGUGUAUUAUUGUUUGUUGCCUCCUUUGCUAUUGGUCUCGGUAUCAUUCCUUUCAUCUACACUGCUGAAGUUUAUCCUACCUAUGCUGUAUCUGGUGCUUCCUCUGCUGCCCUUACUGUCAAUUGGUUAUGUAACUUUAUUAUUGGUUUGAUUUUCCCUACCUUACAAAACGCUUGUGGUCCCUAUGUGUUCUUGAUCUUCGCUGGUAUUGCCUUCCUCACCGUAUUCUAUUUGAUCUUCCUUAUUCCUGAAACAAAACAAAAGUCUAUUGAAGAUAUUGGUCGUCAAGUUGGUUGGUAUAAUGUGGAUCCUACUGUUGUCAUGAACCAAGCUCAAAAGGCAGAAAUCUUGGGUACUGCUGCCACUGAAAAGACUGUCUAAUUUUAUAUAUACAUAGAUUCUUCUUUUAUUAAGUAUUAUUAUUAUUAUUAUUGUUACUGUUAUUAUUCUUUUAUUAUCAUUACUCUUUUCUUUUUUUUUUUUUAUGCAUAUCCAUAUUAUUUUUUGACAG